AUGCCAAAACUGGGUCCAGUGUUUCUCAUCGCCUCCACUGCUAUAAUACUUCUUUCAUUUGGGGCUCUUUGCUACUUGAUGAAGUCUGUCAACCCCAAGGCAAAAGCCCCAGAAACCGGUAGAAGAUUGAUAUCAAUAGACGCACCAUUCCUCACCGAGCUUUUACACAGUGAUAACCUCGAUUAUGGCUUAGAGAAGGUUCCAGAUAUGACUACAAUUACAAUAACAGAAAAAUCUUUUACUAAAUCCAGGUUGCAUUCCUUUUCGUCCGGUGACGCGGUACAAAGUUUGGUGCCUCCAGUUUUCCAAGUUACAGAAAUAAUAACCAAUAAUACACACGAAGCAAACAUAAGCAAAGUUUUAGCACCAGUUAAGGGCCAAAGAAGAUCUAUUAGAGAACAUGACGAAUUACUAAUCGAUGAAAUUCCGAGUUCCCUAAUCUUAAAUAUUGUAGAUCACGAUGGAUACUCGAAGGUAAUAAUAAAAUUGGGCGCAGCUAGAGUGGACAAGAAGAGAAGUAGGAAACGAAGUUUUAAUAACAAAAAGAGCAGUUCUCUAAAAAAAGACAAUAGUAAUGACUACAAUAAAACUGUUAUCGUACUAGAUCUAACCGAGUCGAAUAUAUUAAAUAUAAUUGGCGAUUCACUAACUUUAGGUGGACUGAACGAUGUGGAAUUUGUUAUGACAAAUAAUGAAUUAGAACUACAAAAUAUAAGUUAUAGCAACUCGACAGAUUUCCUUCAUACCAACAAAGGGACCUUUAAGGAACUCCGAGAAGAGUUAUAUCAAGACGACAAUACGAAUGGCACCAAUUCGUUAAAUUUAUUGGCUGAAGGAAACUUGACAAACGUGACGGAUUUUCAAGCCUAUGAAAGUGUGACAACUCCCAUUAAUAAAUUAACAUUAGAAAAUAAUACACUUGAAGCCACGGAAAACAUUGAAAGUAAUAAUAAUGUUACUCGGCCAUCUGACCAAUAUAUUAAUGAAAUAACGAGCACUGAAUCUAUAUUACAUCUAUUGAUUAAAGAGGAAACGUUAAAGAAUAUUGUAGUUAAUGAAAAUGAUCCUUUUCCGAGCAGUCAAGAAAGUGUGACAGAAGAGUUAGUAACAAUUGAAAAUUCCGAUGAAAUUGUACAAAAUAAGAUUUGA